GCUCCGCAAUCGUCCUUCCCUGGUCCUUAGAUCUGAGUUCUGCCCUUCUGUCGAACUCUCCCAUUCGUCGCGCCGCCGCCGCCGCUUCGGCCUUGCUGUCCACGCUGCCCCUUCCGGCCUCGUCGUCGGCCGUCCGUGCCGCCUCCUCCGGCCUCGCCGUCCGCGUCGCCCCCUCCGACAAAUCGCCAGGGAGGUCGCCUUCUGCAAGCGCCGCAACGGCCUCCUCAAGAAGGCGUACGAGCUCUCAAUGCUCUGUGACGCCGAGGUCGCGCUCAUCGUCUUCUCCAAAUCUCCAGCCGCGGCCGCCUCUACGAGUACGCCCGCCCAACAACAGUAUCAGGUACUAGCUUAAAAGGCUCAAUGUCUACCAUAUCUGAUCAGAAGAAACGCACCUUGGAAGCCCUUAAGCAACAGCAUGCUGCUGCAAAAGCUAAGAAACUGCAAGAUGAGCAGCUUAAGUGUCAGAAGAAGAACCAUGUCAAUACCCCUAAGCCCAAGUUUGAUGCGCCAAGGAAGGGCAAAGUUCCCGAAUUCACUCCUUGUCGAACAUCUGCCCAGCCCACUUCGAACAAAGGUGUAGCAUUUUCUAGUUCCAGUCGUCAACAAAAACCUUCCACAUCCUCAGGAGAAGAAAGCAACCCUGUAUACGCUGAACUGUCAUGUGCCAUUCAUGACAAUUUGUUCCAGGAUGGCAUUUCGGAAUUAGAUAGCACAGAGGUUGUUCGCAGUGUUAUAUAUGACAUAAUUCAGAAAGGUGGAGAUACUGGGAAAAUUACCAAGGGAGCCAAAAAGUUGAAGCUUGAAAAAGGGAUUCUUUUGGAUAACUAUGUUCGGAGGGGUCCUAGAUUAGUGGACGCCCAGGCAAGAUCUUUGUUGAUUCAAUCAAAGCGAUCAAAAAGGCACAUGUCACUGAAGCAACAUAAGAAAUGCGGUUCGUUUGAUUUGGAUGGUACAUUUCACAAGUUUGACCUCUAUAAGCCAAUGCAUGAGAUGUGGAAGGAGUAUAUCAGAGAGCUUAACAGAAUAUCCCCGAAAAAACAGUUGCCAGAAAACCUCCUUUCAGCCGAUCUUCAUGGAGCCCUUCUAAUAGUGGCAGAAUGCAAAGCAGCUUCAUAUCAAGGUGUUAGUGGCAUCAUGAUUCGGGAUACUGCAGAAACUUUUGGAAUCAUAUCAGAGGACAAUCACUUCCGAGUUGUACCAAAAGUCGGUUCAGUUUUCAUCCUCCAAGCGGACUGCUGGAAGGUCACACUGAUCGGCGACAAACUCUCACCCAAGGAGAAGUCGAAGGAUGACCAACAUCAGCAGCGUGCGCAGUCGCUGAUCAGAUAGUUUCCAAUUUGUUGGCUGUUUUUUCAAAAAAAUUGCCCACAGGAACAUGCACAGUUAUUUAUUUAUUUACUCUUGUCACUGAAGCUUAAUGGCAAUUUAUCACGCUUCCCCAGUUCCUAUUA